AUGUCGAAGGAGCCAACUCGUCAGCAGCUCUCGUCCAAGCUUGCCUACCAGGCCAACACUCCCGCAUUCUUGGUGAGGUUGCAGAAACAGUUCGGGGGCGGUGGAGGGAGACACGACGAAGAUGAGGACGAUGAAUUUGAAUACGACGGCUCCGGAAGACCACCCAUUCCACGUCGCCCAGCCAUUCCGGAACGUCCAGACGAUGAGGCAGGGAGCGCGGACGAGGAGGAAGAUGAGGAGAGACCGCAGGUGAUCGUGUUGAGAGAGGGCAAGCACUUAACAGAGAGGGAGGUCGAGAAUGAGAAACGGAAAGCGAAAGGCUUGCAACCUCUGCCCGAGCCUUCCGCAGCGGGAAGUAAGCCUGAAGGCGACGUUUCAAAAGAGGGUGCUACCCCAGCAUCGUCUAAACAGCCUAGUGCUUCACAGGGUCUUUCCUUCUCGUCCGGAGCAGGCGUAAAGGGAAAGAGUUCCAAGCGGAAAGCUGUAGGCGACGGUCGCGAUGAUGCCGCAAAACCACAAGGUUCCACUAAACCCACCAAGAAGAAGGCAAAGAAACAGGACAAGAAGCUGUUGUCGUUUGAAGACGACGCGUGA